AUGGCGUUAUCUCGCAGCUCCAUUCAGGCAUUCGCCAACGUCGCUCUCCUGUUCGCUAUGCAAAUACUGAUCCCUGCCGGUUUGAUUGUCGCGACACCCAAAUACUCAUGGUUACGAUAUCUCGGAUUGGUGUUCAUCAGCCUCUCUGCCUAUCUGAUAUUCCAGCUGGCGCCGAGCCUCUCCAAUAGCAUCUUCCAUAAUAGCUUCUUGGCCUGCGAAGGAAUCCUCGUGGUCGCGCACUGCACAAACCUGCUGCUCAUCCUUCAGGAUGGCGGCAUAACCUGGAGCGACCUGCAACGCCACAGCGGAAAAGCGGGGACAACGCCUGGUUCCUCUCUGCGGGGCGUGGAGACGGCAUGGGAGACCAAGAAUACCCCACAACACCCCUCCUCGCUCGGCCACGGUGGCGGCAGCCGUACAAGGUUCCUAAUCCGCCAGGGGUCUAUCUUGGCCUGGCAAUACCUGUUCCUCGAUGUCAUGCUUGAGGUCACCAUGCGCGAGCCACGCGAGAAUACGGACAAAUUUUACCGCCCCGGGAUAGAGUACGAGUAUUCCGAUUUGACGGGAGAGCAAUGGUUCAUCAGGGCGUUCACGCCCUUUGUUUCCUGGUUUGUGGUCAGCCGCUUGCUUCUCGACUCGACUUGGCGCGCCCUAUCCAUCCUAUCUGUGGGAUCAGGCCUGGCCAGCCCUCGGAGCUGGCGGCCAUUGUUUGGGAGCAUGUGGGAGGCCUACACUCUGCGUAAUUUCUGGGGCAAGUUCUGGCAUCAAAUACUGCGCUGGCCUUUUACUUCCAACACAUACCUUCUGACCCGCAGGAUCCUGAAACUGCCGAUUCCCUCCCUUUUGGAUCGCUAUACCAACAACUUCCUCGUUUUCCUUUUGUCAGGCAUCCUGCAUGCUGUUUCUGCCAACAUAAUGGGUCUAUCGGCAGUGGAGUCUGGUUCCAUUCCCUACUUCUCAUCCUUUGCUCUAGGCAUAAUGCUCGAAGAUGGAGUCCAGGCCCUUUACAACAAACUUCACGCUAACAACUCAGAUAAGGAGAGGAAAACUGCUAAUUGGGAGAAGGUUAUAGGGUUCAGCUGGGUUGUAUUUUGGAUGUCCCUAACUUCUCCGUGGUACAUGUGGCCGUCGCGUCGUGUUGUCGCAGGUGGAGCACCGUGGGUCCUGCCAUUCAAUCUGACGAGGAAAAUCGGUAUGCCUAUGAUGUGGGGGUUGUUGGGAGCCUCUGGGAUCUUUGUGAAACGGGUAUUUGGAACUUCCUUGUAA